AGUAAUGAUCAUGCUAAAGUUAAACGUAGAUCUAGAUAAAUCUACAAGUACAACAUGUAACUUAGAUGGUAGGACGGCCGGGGCCUGGGUUGUGUGUGUUUCCGGACGCAUCAAAAAGGAUAAAGCUGUAGCAGAAAAUGGAGAUGGUCCAUCUGCCACGCCCUUUGACCCAUGGUACCAAGUCAAUGUGUGUGAUGCUACAAAGAACGGGGAAGCUAUCAUUUUCAAGAUAAAAACACUGAAGCUUGAAGAGGAUGGAACAGAAGUGACUGUUGAGAGAGUGUAUGAUGACUUUGAAUGGCUACAACACUGUCUCACCACUGAUAAUGACAUUGGAGGUAUUAUUGUGCCCCCAUUGCCACCAAGGCCUGUGUCAUCAGCUGCUGAUACGGCUGCGAAAUCCAGGAAGGAACUUGGAGAGGAAAGUACAAAGGUCAAAGUAGGUGAUGAGUUCCAUAAAGACUGCCGUCAUUUAGAGAAGUACCUCAGCCUGGUCAUCAAACACAGUACCUUAGGCAAGGAUGAAACUCUUGCUAAAUUCCUCACAGCAAUAGAUCCUCCUAUACGUGCCAAGGUGAAGCGAGGUUUAUUUUCUAACCUGACCCAGAAGAUGUCGGAGGUCAUGAAGGGAGGUCACCAAGACACAGACAAUGGGUUUCAACAUGAGAGAGAUAGAGCCAAUCAGGUGCUACCUAUCAUGAGAGAUCUUAGUCAUGUCUUCAAACUGAGAACAAAUCAUUUACAAAGAUUAUCAGCUGCCUUGAAUCACUUUGCUACAGCCUUAUGUCUGGUCAGCAGUGCAGAGAAAGAAGAAAGACUCAUUGAAGGAACCCAGAUCCAACUAUUUUUUGCUCGAGCCAUGGAACACUAUUCUCAUGGAAUAGAUGUGUUUACAGCUAACCAUGAAGUGACAUUAGGCUUCUUCCUGGAUGUGUAUGCAAGAUAUGCAGAAGCUGAGAAGGAAAUGUUGCACAGAAGAACAUUGAAGCUGGUAGAGUUUGACAGUGCAGUGAAGACACUCAACAAGGCAAACCCACAGAAGAGAGCAGUUGCAGAGGAAAAUAGAGAGAAGAAAGAGAAGGAUUUUAAUGACAUCUCAAGUAUAGCAAAGAAAGAACUUCAAGUGUAUAACCAUCAACGAGUGAUAGAGUUCCAGAAAUCACUGGUGCUUUACGCCGAAGCCAACAUCAAGACAGCAAGAGACAUGUAUGCCCUUCUUGCGAAGGACCUUUCAGAAAUCAAACAUACCACUCUAUAGACUAUAUCAUCUACUCUUAUAUCAAUUUGACGUUUAUUGUAGUGCAAGAAAGAGGAAUUUAUUUUUGUACAUUUCUCAGGCAUUACACUCUUCAGUGGAUAUCAUCUCAUAUUCUCAUUUCUAAAUCUAAUUUUGAUGCAAUAUUUAAUAUCAAUCUUGUCACUUGGGAGUAAAGAGCUAAGUGAGUGUUCAUUUUUAUGAAAAAUAUUUGUGAUAAAACAUUAAUCACAACUGUAAUAUGCAAUACAAAAUAAUUAGCUGAACAUAUAUAUAAAUAAGAGUAUAAUGUUAAGAAGCAUGUAAAAAAUUAAAAUAGUAUUGUAUGUAAAAUAAAAUGGUAACACUAAAAGGGCCAGAUUAUUUAGCCCAUGCCACAACCAGUUCAUGGCCGUGGAGCCAUAGAUUUUUUUUGCGGUUGUCCUAAGUAAUUUGUAAUAAAAAUAAUGCAAUUUAAUGUUUAUUUAGGCUUAUAUCUUAUUAUCUUUUGUAUUUAGCUCUUCAGUCAAUAUCACAUAUGAAAAGCUCAACGGUUUUUACAUCAGAAAUAGCUAAUUAUGCAAAAAAGCUGAUAUGUAUAUUUCUUUUGACCAUUGAUUAUUCUACAUGUAUAUGAAUUUGAGACAACAACAAAGUGGGGGGGGGGGGGGGGUUGCUAGGUUAUAUUGCAUUUUUGUAUAUGGUUAUUCUAUGGUUAUAUGUAUAUAUAAAACCUGAUAUUUUCCAAACCAUUCUUUUCAAAUUCCAGUGAUUUAUGCAAAAUUAUGCUGAAAAUAGAUAUGUUAGACAAUGAGCGAUACUUUCAUUGCUUGACCUCGACUUUGAACUUGACAUUGACAAAACUUUAACAUCAAGAACUAAUUUGAGAAAGUAAGUUACAAUAAAUACAGCAUAUCCUUGCAAGAUACUACACCUGUGACCACAUGUAACUGUGAUGAUCGAGCUUCCUGUGCAUAAGUAUAGGGAGAUAGGCAAUUUUGAUGAGCGCAGCGUGCAAUUCUUAAAAUACUUUACAGCAACCGAUUGUCCAAAUUUAAUGAAUUUGAUAUCAAAAGAUGUGCUAGAUUUGGGGCUUAAAAGAUUCAUGAAAGCAUGGGGUCCUUUUAUGGUUGAAUUGAUUGUAAACUAUCCCAAAAGGUCAUACAGCUAGAUGCAACAAUUUAUAAGAAGACGGAAUAAUAUAUAUUUUCCAGUUUUUCAAAUUGUGAGACGGUGUAUAUUUCUAUUGUGAAUUUAUGCAUACUUUCAUACUCGGGUGCAUACCCUUCUGUUUAAAAAUUAGAGAAUUUUAAUUCAGUUUGUUUAGAAGCUUGGCUUGACUGCAAUUAUGUCAGCUUCCUCAGUGUGAUAUUUAAUUUCCUCAACUGAGAAGGAUUAAUUUCAUAGAUUCGAUUCGAUUAGUUGGCUAUCUAUAAAGAUAGUGAAAUGACUUAUGUUUGGGAGUGCAUUAGUGAAUAUGCACUGCAUGCAGGUUAAGUCACAAAUGGAUAAUCAACGCGGCUCGACAGAAUCAUUAUAAAUUGAUUUUUUUACUUUAACCAUAAAUGUCUCUAAACUGCACGAGCUUUAUAACAUUAAUUAUUCGUUUUAUAAGACAGGUCGAGAAUAAGCACAAAAAAAAAAGAUAAAAAUUCCAAGAAUUGCACAGUCAUGGGGAUGCCAUUUGUUUUGAAUAACAUCACAGUAUAUACGCGCAGCCAGACAGUGAAUGUCUGUCUCAAUGUGUGCAUUAAUGUCCUUGUCAUUAGAAACUACAUGCAUUUCAUUUUGUACAUGCCAGAGAUGGAUAUAUGCGCAUCUCAGCCGUGCAUUAUCUAUUUUUGAUAGCUACAUUUUUGCAUGAUAGGUGUGGUACAAAAGAAUGAAGCAUGGUCAUGUGGUGCCAUUUGACCAAUAAGAUUUCCUACAUUCUACAACAUGUUUUAUAUUGUAAAAUGUUUAAAACUUCUUCAUGUACAAUACAUGGAUGGACCAAAAGUAGACAAGUUGUUUGUUAUCUGUUUGGGCAAUAGACUUUGACUUACCGUGAUUUUACAUUGCCAUAUUCAAUCAUUACCAGAUUUGUUGUAGAUAAAACCAUUUUUUACUCUUCACUAAUAAAGUUUAAAUAUCAUAACUAUUCGGUACUACUUGAGUUGUGUAUAUUAAGCACUCUAUUAGACUACCGGUAGUUCUAAUCUUGGCUUGAAAUAUCCAUCUUGAUAUGCAUGACUUUAAAAUGUGUUGUAUGAUUAAUAGAUAAAUGGGGGUUGAUUUAUUGGACAAAACAGAGCUGCCUAGUAAAACUGAUUUUGCAAAAUUUUAUUCUGAUCUACAAGAUAAAAACUGGCAAUUUUUUUGAAAAGUGAAAAGGGGAUGCUCAAAUUUUCUUAUUUACUGACAGGGAGUUAAAACGGUCUUUUUGUCAAGGGAUGGAUGGGAGGUGAGGGGAGAGGGGGGGGGGGGGGGGGGGGUGGUCCGCUGCAAAAUGUGUGUGCUCUCUAUUUGGAUGCUGACUACGUACAUGUACAUGUAUAAGCAGAUCUGACGAAGAUUGUGGUAUCAAAGGCAUUAAUUUUGUUGUCCGUCCGAUUUUAUGAAUGCCUUGUUACAGUUAUAAUUGUGACCUGUUGAGGCAAUAAGCAAAGAGGGAUGAAUGGAGUAUGUACUUGGGCGAAGGGGUCAGAGGUGAAAGGUGAGUGAUGAAACAAUUUGAACCAAAGCGAAUAUUCAAGCAAGGAUCAUGGUGAUGAAUAAUUGCCAUAACCUGUUCAUAAGACGUGUAUAUUUGUUGGAUCAAAUAUUUGUAAAUCACUAUGAAGUAGUCGAGAGAUGGGAAUAUCCUCCAUGUUGAUGGAGUGCCUUAUGCAGCAUACAUUAAUUUUAAUUUUACACAUUUUCCAUGAAAGUGGUAAAACAAAAACUUUGUGAUUAAUUAAAAUUAAACAAGUUUUGAAAUCAAAGAGUGACUUUGUCUAAUAUCUAUACAUUCUAUUCCUUUAUUUAUUUACUCUGUUGUUCACUUUGUAUGAUUAAAUGACCAAAUUUCAUAGAGAUUUUUACAAGAUAUUAGUGAUGUGACAUUUGAUCCACGAUUUCUCAUAUUAUACACAAUUCUAUUUCAUUUGAUUAUUACCCAAUGUACAGCAACUAGCUGGAGAUAUCAUGAUAAUAAUAAUAAUAAUAACAAUAUUUAUAAAGUGAAACAUAUCCAUCUCUAGAUGCCACAUCCCUUUGUUCAUCCUCCUCCACGCAAUUAAUUCACGGCCCACUUACCAAAACCUGUUAUAUGGUGACCAUGCCUUUUCAUUGAUUGCCCCCACCCUCUGGAACAAACUCCUACCCUAUAUUCAAAAUGCCCCAUCCAUUGAAUCAUUCAAAACCCUUCUCAAAACCCACCUUUUUAAUCAGUAAUAGUAUACUAGAGGUGUGCACAAAUAGUUAAUUAUUUUGUUGCUUUUAAGCUAUUGAACAUGUUGAAUACUUAUACCAAGUUAGACAAUGCCACCUGUAUGUGAGCUUACGAAGGCCCGUAUUAAGCACCCUACUGUAAUUAUUGUUAUUAUUAUUCUGGAACCGUGGUCACACCACCAUAUUGCUAUAUGUAUUUUCAAGCUUUUAUUAGAUUUAUACAAUCUUAUGGGUCAAGAUGGCAAUCAGAUAAUACAAAGUGAAUAAGAGGAUUCAUGAAUAGAUUAAUAAUGAAAGAAAACUGUGUCAUUUCACAUACUAAUUUGAUUUCAUGGAAUGUUCUUUUCUUAAUUGAAACUGCAUGUAUGUCUAUAAAAAAAUCGAGUAUUUUAUAUAGUUUAAUUUCUCUUAUUCAAGGAUCUUGUGUAUAAUAUUGUAACAAUAAUAAUGUGAAGAUAUUAACGCCUUUAAUGCCAUUUAUUUCAAAUUUGGUGCAAUUUGAGUUCACUGUCAAGUACAAUCAUUUCUGAUUUCGUCGAAUGAGAAAUAAGUGAUCAUUUGUCAUGACCAUAUCAAGCAUUUAUUAUUUUGUUGUUAGUUUUUAUCCCACAUUGUGAUUAUUCAGUGAACACUUUCAUCAAUUGUAGAUAGUAAUCAUGGAGCAAACAUCCAUAUCGCAGUAGUCAGAUUGAUAUGCUAUGCCUAUUUAUAUUGCCUUCAUAUGAAUUGGCAUUCAUUUUGUGACAGGAAAUUUGUCAGCAUUAUCAUAAUUUGAAUUAUGUUUUUUUUUUUUUUGCAGCAUUGAAUAACAACUUUCUAAUCAUUACUUCAAGAAGUAUAGUUGGCAAUUAAUGAGAGAUGUAAAGGCAUCACAUGACUUUUG